GCACCGGGCCCCCAGGCGGGGCGACAGGCACCGGGCCCCCAGGCGGGGCGACAGGCAUCGGGCCCCCAGGCGGAGCGACAGGCAUCGGGCCCCAGGCGGAGCGGCGGGCGCCGGACCCCCAGGCGGAGCGACAGGUCUCGGGCCCUCAGGCGGAGCGGCAGGCCCCGGACCCCCAGGUGGAGCGACAAGGUCUCGGGCCCUCAGGCGGAGCGGCGGGCGCCGGACCCCCAGGCGGAGCGACGGGUCUCGGGCCCCCAGGCGGAGCGGCGGGCGCCGGACCCCCAGGCGGAGCGACGGGUCUCGGGCCCCCAGGCGGAGCGGCGGGCGCCGGACCCCCAGGCGGAGCGACGGGUCUCGGGCCCCCAGGCGGAGCGGCGGGCGCCGGACCCCCAGGCGGAGCGACAGGUCUCGAGCCCUCAGGCGGAGCGGCGGGCGCCGGACCCCCAGGCGGAGCGACGGGUCUCGGGCCCUCAGGCGGAGCGGCGGGCGCCGGACCCC